CAGUUAGUUCUCUAUGCAGCAACAGAGAAGGAGACCAAACAUACAUACAUACAUACAUACAUACAUACAUACAUACAUACAGGUUGAUAAUAAUAUGUGUUCAGAUCUAGAAUAAACGCUUUAGGCUACAUUAGUAAACCUUUUCAUCUUUACUGGACUUCAUUACAGUUCGGUGAGGUAGUAAAUCUGUUCAUCUUUAUUGGACUUCAUUACAGUUCUGCGAGAAUGUUUUUCAAAGCCGUUCUAUUCCUGGCAGGCGUGCAUGCGGUUUCAGGCGUUUUUAACGGCAGCUCCAUCGUGAGGACCUUUGCCAGGAGGUUAGUCACGGAAGGGUCCGCGGUCACAGACGAGCCAAUAGAUCUAGACCUACUGGACUACUACCCAGACAUAGACAGUAAUGGGACUGGAGUUGGACUAAACAAUGUGUCCGGACCGGGAGAGAGAGUUGGGUUUAUAAAUGUGUCCAGACUGGGACCGUUGGAACUGGGCUCUGCCAGGAAUGCUACAGAAGUCUGGUCUUACACCAUCUCUGUUAUGGCCAACAACUUCCUCACAGGCCACCUCUCUACCAUCUUCAUCCCGACGCUUUACACCUUCGUCUUCUUCAUCAGCGUGCCUCUUAACAUUGUUGCCAUGGUGACCUUUGCCCAACGGAUCCGGCCCAUGAAGCCGGCAGUGAUCUACAUGCUGAACCUGGCAGCCGCCGACCUGCUGUUCACCCUGCUGCUGCCCUUCAAGAUCGUCUACCACUACAAUGGCAAUGACUGGGGCUUCGGCGAGGGGUUGUGCCGCCUGGUCACUGCAGCUUUCUACUGCAACAUGUACUGCUCCAUCCUCCUCAUGACCUGUGUCAGCGUGGACCGCCUGCUGGCAGUGGCCUACCCCAUCAACUCCCUGGCCUGGAGGAGCCCCCGCAACGCAGCCUUGGCCUGUAGCGCCAUGUGGAUCCUGGCUGUGGGUGGCUCGCUGCCUCUUGUCCUCUCACAGCAGACGGUCUACUACGACCCACUGGAUAUCACCACCUGCCAUGACAUCCAGGACCUGGAGCUGUUAGAGGAGCAAUACGUCUUCUUCUUUCCUAUACUCUCCUGCACCCUCUACUUCCUGCCGCUGUUCAUAAUGGUGACCUGUUACUCCCGGGUGGUGCAGGUGCUCAACAAGGCUCCGUGCGGUGUUGUAGGCCGUUCAAGGCAGAAGGCGCGGGCUGUGGUGAUGGCGGUUACCGUGCUUGUGGUGUUCGUGGUCUGUUUCACACCCACCAACUCCAUUCUCCUCGCUCACUACCUCCAGAUCGCUGGGCAGGUGGGUGGGGAGCCGGACGCUACCCAUGUGGCCUACCUGGUGUCACUAUGUUUGGGGAGCAUCAGCUGCUGCCUGGACCCGCUGGUCUACUAUUUUGGCUCGUCCCAGUGCCAGAGGCAGCUGGAGGGGGCGCUGGGAUGCCAGGUGAUCGCCGAGGGAAGGAAGAGUCUGGCCUCGUCCUCUGGUUCCUCCAGGACCAGCACCAGGACCAGAAUAAGCACGAGGACCAGCACUAGGAUUACUAAGGUGGACACCUUCCAGGCCAGCCUCAGCAGCCAGUACAAGAAACUCCUGGUCUGAUGGAUAGAUGGAGACACAGAGAGCUGUUUCUUUUUCACUGACAAAAAUGUAAAAAAUAUAUUUAGUAUAUGCUGUAUUUCCACUGUUUCAGACAGUGCAAGAAGCUUCUGGUCUGACAGAUAGACAUGGACCAAAGCUAGGCUAUUUCUGAGGAGAAAGAAUGGAUUUGGCUUGUAUGAUGAAUUCAGUCAGACAUUCAUCCAUAGGUCUGGGUUAGCUAUGCCCAACUCUAAAUAUGAAGAAGAGAUAUACAUUUCUGUUGUUUCAGACAGUGCAAGAAGCUGCUGUCCUGAUUGUCAUGGGCCAAAGUUGUUUCUGACCUGUACGACACUACAGUACCAAGAAUAUAUAUUUAGGGUAAGAGAAAAGGAAAAUGUAAGUUUUGUGAAAAUGUAAUGGAUAAUACCAUUUUUAAUCUUUAUCUUAAAUAUAUUUCCCGUU